AUGGAUGAUUGCUUCUCCGGUGCUUCAGAACUUAGCGAGUUUGAAAAACUCAAAUCAGAACUAACACAGUUGCUUCAACGAGGAGGCAUGGCUUUGCAGAAGUGGUGUGCUUCAUCAACUGCACUUAAAGAAUUCACGCUUGACCGCAAUUCUGAGGAAAUAAUGGUUAAAACUCUAGGAACGUUUUGGAACAGUUUAAGUGAUUCAUUUGCGUAUAAAGUCUGCACCAGCCCCAGCACAGAUUGUAACUACACCAAACGAGAUGUGCUUUCACAAAUAACUCGCAUCUAUGACCCCCUCGGACUCCUGGGUCCGCUCAUAGACAAAGCAAAGAUUUUCAUGCAACAGUUGUAG